AUGGCCGAGGAGAUCAGUAUAGGUAGUUACAUUGUCCGCAGGCUCGAAGAACAAGGCAUCAAGUCUAUGUUCGGUUGCCCAGGAUCGUAUCUUGCCAACUUCCUGGAUAUUGUCGAAGACUCCAAUAUCACCUGGGUUGGAGAGUGCAACGAACUUAAUGCGGCGUACGCGGCCGACGGCUAUGCUCGCUACAGACGCGGUCUUGGUGUUCUGGCCACCACUGUUGGGGUGGGCGAGCUCUCUGCAAUCAACGGCAUCGCAGGGUCUUUCGCAGAGGAGCUUCCCGUUCUCCAUAUCGUCGGACAACAGAAGACCUUGAUUCAGGCUGAGGGACGCAACGUCAUUCAUACCCUCGGAGACGGCAGAUUCGAUGAAUUCGCAAAGUCUGCUCUCCCGUACACAUGUUCUCAGUAUGCUCUGAACAAGAGAGAUAUCGCUCUUGGCGUGGCAGAUGAAGAGAUCGACCGAGUUAUUGUCGAUUGCAUUAGCAAGUCCCGCCCAGCGUACUUGGCACUUCCAUAUGACCUCGUUGACGAAAUAAUCACUACAAAGCGUUUGAAGGAAAUCAAGUUAUCCCCGAAAGAGGUCCAGAUUGAUGCUGAUGCAGAAAAGGCCGCAAUUGACCAUAUCUAUCGACAGCUGAAGGACAAUGUUGUGGUCCUUGCAGACGUCAGCACCAGUCGCCAUCAUUGCAAAAAAGAGGCUGCAGAUUUUUUGUCAGUAACCAACCUUCCUGUUUACGGAACUCCUUUGGGUAAGACUGUUGUCGACGAAACAUCUGAACGCUACGGAGGGGUUUACAUCGGGAAGUUGAGUUCUGAUGAGGUUAAACAGAAGGUCGAGUCGGCGAAGCUUGUUCUCUUCUUAGGCCCUCUCACCACCGACUUUAACACGGGAAAUUUUUCCGAGAACAUAAAGGAAGAACGGUCUAUUAAGCUCCACUUUGAUCACACGGAAGUUGGAUUCGCGACCUACGCUCGGACUGGGAUGAAGGUGCUUCUCCCCAAACUUGCGGAGCGCCUUAAAGAUUUUCGCGAGAAAGCUAGCCAACUCCAGGUUCCCGAAUUCAAGAACAAGGUAGUCACGGAUACGGAUGCCUUGAUUACACACGCUUGGCUCUGGUGGCGUAUUGGAGCAUGGUUCAAAGAGAAGGACCUGAUUGUAACGGAGGCCGGUAUCGUCAGCUAUGGAGUCCUUGAUUUGGCUCUGCCAAAGGAUUCAUCCCUGCUCGCUCAGAAACUGUGGGCCAGUAUUGGAUGGUCUCCGGGCGCUACACAUGGUUCGACUUUGGCACGUCAAGAAAUCGAAGGUGACAACGCUGCCCAGACUAUUCUCUUUAUCGGCGAUGGUAGCCUCCAAAUGACAGUCCAGGAGCUAUCCAGCAUCAUACGUUCAAAGAUCAAGCCCAUCAUUUUCGUCAUCAAUAACGGGGGUUACACGAUAGAGCGACUCCAACACAAUGUAGAAGGAGAAUACCACAACAUUGUGACCUGGGAUUACGGGGACUUGUUAAAGGUCUUCAGCAAUAGCCAGUCUGCACCUAGUAAAACGUACCGUGUGACCACUCAAAAGGAGCUUGGGAACCUUCUCGAUACCGAAAAGAUUAGGGACAAGGGAUUCCUUCAACUGGUGGAAAUCGUCGUGGGCAGGGAUGAUGCACCCCCAGCAUUGCUGCGUGCCUUGGGUAUAAAACCCACAGACUCUAGCUCCGAAGCCCCUACUAAGGGGCCCAAGAAGAGAGGCGGCAAGCUCCUGCAGAGGGCCGAAUAUCAAGGAUUGCUUGGCUGGUAA